AUGUCUCCCGAGCGCAGGUCAACAAUAUCUGGCGCCAAAAAAUGGAGGCAUUCUAUAAGCGGGACGAUAAUCAGCUCAAAUCUGCGGCGGCUACUACUGAGUGAGCUUGCGCACCUUGGCGUUGACGUGCUGGAGCCUGUGGGAGUACCCCCGGAUGUCGAAAUUCUGGCUUGGGGUAUGAGGAAAAUCGCCCAGCCACUGCGUGAUACUGUCCAGGAGAUUGCUAUGGACGCGACAUAUAACACGAAUUCACGCAAUCUUGAGCUCUACGCCGUCAUGGGAGAGCUCGAUAACGCGGGUUUCCCGUUGGCAUAUUGCUUGAUGUCGACUGCGACGUCUAUCAGCCAGGGCAAACGAAAGAACACUCUUGCCGCAUUUCUGUCAUGUGUCAAAGCACAAUAUGGGAUUCAGCCCAAAUUCACCCAUGUCGACAAGGACCUCGGCGAGAUUGCGGCUCUCAAGCUUGUCUGGCCACAGGCGAAGACGUCCAUUUGCUGGUGGCAUGUCAAUGACGCGGUCGGCAAGCGUAUUCGGAUGACAAAGCUGGCGACAACCAAGUACAAGCCACAGCCUGGAAAGCCGGACAAGGAAGAAUAUGAGGGUGGACGUCCGGAGGAUGUGUCUGAAGAUGAAGAUGAGCCUGAGUUACCCACACCAACACACAAUCCAUCGCGACUCACCGUUCGGCUUCCCAUCCGUCAGCCAUCACCACCGAGGCGUCUCGAUGCUAGCGGCAUUCCGGUCAUCCGGAUUCAACCUGGGCCAUUCAUCUACGACUCGUCAGACGACAGCUCAGACGCUGCAAUCGAGACCGACGAUGAAGAUGACACAUCCGAGUCAGAGGUGACGCAACUGCUCGGGAAGCGCAAACGAAAGUCGCCCAAGCGCCUGUUUUGUCCACCAGAGCAGCAGGCGCCGCUCAUUGAGAUGAUGAAGCAGCACUCGCAUGCCCACCCGCUGAUUCCUGGCUUCUGUCAUCCAAGCGCAGACGGGAUCCGUUACUGGGCUGUCAAGCAGAUGUACGACUUCUGCGUAGCCCAUGAUCUUCGAGAGGCGUGGGCAUACCUGUGGGGAAACUGGUAUCGUUCCGGCCGGUGGGAGAUCUGGGUACGCUCCGCACAUCCAAUGAUCCCUCGUCUACGGACAACAAUGAUCUGCGAAAGCCAUUGGCGCAAGUUAAAGCAAGAGUACCUCCACGAAUUUCACUGCCCACGACUUGAUCUCCUGGUCUGGGUCCUUGUGACAAAACUCUGUCCACCUUACUACGACAAACUAGUCAAGUUGACAACAUACCUCGGACGAACGCGAAUUUCGGAGCUGCCAUCCUGGCGGGGGACGCUGCUCAGUGUAUGGCGCAAACUUGAGGGACGUGACGUCUCCGACCGUGUGCAGGAUGGCUAUCGCCCGGAUGUCAGGCGCUGGGUCUGCUCCUGCCCCUCCUAUGCGACGAGCAGAUUCCUCAUCUGCAAGCACCUGAUUCGGCUCGUCAAACGUGUCUCAACACGAUUCUUCCGGGAGGUUCAACGACAGCGGACCACGCCAUUCUGGCAGCACCCGGACUUGGUGCCUGUUGAUGGAGACGGACAAACACCGGAUGUUACACAGGAGGAAGGCCCGCGCGAUUGGGAAGUGCCUGAUGACGAGGAUGAUGAAGGUCCACUCGGCGCCGGCCCAUAUGCCGAGACCGAGGCCGAUCGCGAGUUUGAAGCAUCUGCCGCCACCUUUGAAGCCGAAUUUGACGACGAGAUCGCCCUCUUGGAGAGCUUUGUGGCGGGACUCAAGCACCAGCGGCAGUUUCGGGACCCCAAGAUGUUAGAGGUGUUGCGCAAGAAGGGCGGCAAGGGAAUACUGUUUCGUUUGCCCUUGAGUUUAAAUGGCAUCAUCUGCGCUACUUCCUGCUCCAGUUUCGCUCGUUGUCCUGGCUCGUUUGGCAUGGUUCAUCCGCCUGUUGCGCACCCAUGGAUCAUACCCGCCAGCACGUCGUCGAUUGAUGUCAAACUCGACUUUGGCAAGGAUGGGGAUGAGGGAAUCACGGUCAAGACCUGGUAA